GUUAUUCUCUGAGCGAUGUCCAGAAAUGUGCACAGCAUGGCUUUAACAUUGGUGCAAGUAUUGCUGGUGUCUAUCUGAAGCUUGGAAUAACUGAAGCCGGCUGUAAAUCCCUUUUAAAAGAGAUUGGAGACAGCACCUCCAAAAAACAGUAUGUGGAAGAUUUCAUCGUCCUUGUUCGUGGUGGAGCAAGCGAACACAUUACCACAUUGGCUUACAAAGACCUGCCGACGGCUGCACUCAUGCAGGAGUGGGGAGAUGCUGUACAGUACAACCCUGAAAUCAUAAAGCUAAAGGCAGAGCCGCUGUAUCAGCUGGUGACUCCAACAGAUUUUGCUAAUGCAAUGGCAAUAAAAGAAAAUCUGCGACGGGCUCUUGAUGAGUUUCAGCUGGAGACCAGUUCUUGUCGCUGUGCUCCGUGCCACGGCAAUGGGAUCCCCUUUCUGCAAGGAACCGUGUGUGAAUGCUUAUGUCCCCUCGGCUACAGCGGCACUGCCUGUGAGAUCAGCGAGAGGAAAGAUGCUGUCAUUAAUGGAAACUGGGGUUGCUGGGCCAGCUGGUCUCCAUGUUCAGGAGGUCAACGAACAAGGAGACGACAGUGCAACAACCCUGCGCCGCAAAAUGGUGGUUCAUCAUGCUCAGGGCCAGAUGCUGAGACAGUUACUUGUUAG